AUGGAGCUGGAGGUGCCGGACGAAGCGGAGAGCGCCGAGGCGAGGGCCGUGACCUCGGAGGCAGCGUGGGCCGCGGAGACCGGCGCGGCGGCAGGUCUGGCUCAGAAGAAGGUGGCCCCGGCAGAGGCCCCAUCGAUGACUGGACAGCUGGGCCCAGGCCAUGGGAAGAAGCUGGGCCACCGGGGCGUGGACGCAUCCGGAGAGACUACCUACAAGAAGACCACCUCCUCCACCCUGAAGGGGGCCGUCCAGCUGGGCAUCGGCUACACCGUGGGCAACCUGAGCUCCAAGCCAGAACGCGACGUGCUCAUGCAGGACUUCUACGUGGUGGAGAGCAUCUUCUUCCCCAGUGAAGGCAGCAACCUCACCCCUGCCCACCACUUCCAGGACUUCAGGUUCAAGACCUACGCUCCCGUUGCCUUCCGCUACUUCCGGGAACUCUUUGGGAUCCGGCCGGACGAUUACUUGUAUUCCCUGUGCAACGAGCCGCUGAUUGAGCUCUCCAACCCGGGCGCCAGCGGCUCCCUCUUCUACGUCACCAGUGACGAUGAGUUCAUCAUCAAGACGGUGAUGCACAAGGAGGCGGAGUUCCUGCAAAAGCUGCUGCCCGGCUACUACAUGAACCUCAACCAAAACCCACGGACGCUGCUGCCCAAGUUCUACGGGCUGUACUGUGUGCAGUCGGGAGGCAAGAACAUCCGCGUGGUGGUGAUGAACAACAUCCUGCCGCGCGUGGUCAAGAUGCACCUCAAGUUUGACCUCAAGGGCUCCACAUACAAGCGGCGGGCCAGCAAGAAGGAGAAGGAGAAGAGCAUCCCCACCUACAAGGACCUGGACUUCAUCCAGGACAUGCCCGAGGGCCUCAUGCUCGACGCCGACACCUUCACCGCCCUCGUCAAGACACUGCAGCGCGACUGCUUGGUGCUGGAGAGCUUCAAGAUAAUGGACUACAGCCUGCUGCUGGGCGUGCACAACAUCGACCAGCAGGAGCGCGAGCGCCAGGCCGAGGGCGCCCAGAGUACUGCCGACGAGAAGCGGCCCGUGGGCCAGAAGGCGCUCUACUCCACGGCCAUGGAGUCCAUCCAGGGCGGCGCCACGCGGGGCGAGGCCAUCGAGACGGAUGACACGAUGGGUGGAAUCCCUGCUGUGAAUGGCCGUGGCGAGCGUCUGCUGCUGCACAUCGGCAUCAUCGACAUCCUGCAGUCCUACAGGUUCAUCAAGAAGCUAGAACACACCUGGAAGGCCCUUGUCCACGAUGGGGACACGGUGUCCGUGCACCGCCCCAGCUUCUAUGCUGAGCGCUUCUUCAAGUUCAUGAGCAACACCGUCUUUCGAAAGAACUCCUCCCUGAAGUCCUCACCAUCCAAGAAGGGGCGCGGGGCCCUGCUGGCCGUCAAGCCCCUGGGGCCCACAGCCGCCUUCUCGGCCAGCCAGAUCCCCAGUGAGCGGGAGGAUGCGCAGUACGACCUACGGGGGGCCCGCAGCUACCCCACACUGGAGGACGAAGGCCGGCCCGACCUGCUGCCCUGCACGCCACCCUCCUUCGAAGAAGCCACCACCGCCUCCAUCGCCACCACCCUGUCGUCCACCUCCCUCUCCAUCCCCGAGCGGUCACCCUCGGAGACGUCGGAGCAGCCUCGCUACAGACGGCGCACUCAGUCCUCAGGGCAAGACGGCCGGCCCCAGGAGGAGGUGCACGCGGACGAGGACCUGCAGCAGAUCACUGUACAGAUGGAGCCUGCGGGCAGCGUGGAGAUCGUGGUCCCCAAGGAGGCGGCUGCGGGGAUGGAGGCUCCCUUGGCCGGUGCCACGGCCGCCGUGGAAGCGGAAACCACCAGCCAGGCCUCGGAACCUGCCAGCCAGGCCUCAGACGAGGACGAUGCGCCAGCCACCGACAUCUACUUUGUAAGUCCCCCAGGGGCUCUCAUCGGUGGGCCCCGUGGACCAGAUACAUGUGGUCACGCAUGCACACACUCAUGCGCACUCACGUACACGUACAUGCAGUCACACAGUUUACACAUGCACACGCUCACACGCCUGCACAUGCACUCACAUCUACAUUCACACAUGCUUACACUUUUGCACAUGCACACAGGGCUCACAUACUCAUAGUCACACACAUAUACACAUAUGCAGAUACACUUACGCACACGUGUUCAUAUGCUCAUCCGCACAUGGACACAAGCACGUGCGCACACAUGCAGUCGUGCACACGUGCGCGCGCAUGUACACGCAUACGCAC